GAAUAAGCUGGGUUAUAAAAUGUGUUUUUAUUUAAUCGUAUGAAAAAUUAUUUAUUAACAUAUCAAUACAUGACAUUCGAUGUAAAAAUUUAAGAGGAUUUUCACUAUUUUGCCAUGAGUGUCAUCCAAAGAGUCUCGCGACAGAUAAUCCGUCUUCAACCUUCAAGUUUGAGGGCGAUGUGCAUACCAUUUCACUCUCGACUGUGGAAUGGUUUAAAUCCAUCCCCUACCAUAGGUACCGCAUAUGUUGUGUCUCGAAGUUUCUCAGAAAUACCUUCUAACACUUCAAUUGAGAACGAGGAUAACCUUGGUAACAAAGUAUUGAAAUUGGUUGGUUGGCUUGGGGGAUUCUACUCCAGAAAAGCAGUUCUAACAAGAAGUGCUAAAGUGAUGUAUGAAUGCUGUGUUGAAGGUUUAGAUUAUGAGAAAUUUUAUGAAGCUGCCGGAAUGCCAGAUACAUUCCAGUCAUGGUUUCUUAUAAAUCAACUUCAUGUCUGGAUGUGUCUUGUUCGACUCAAACCUGAAGGCAAGGAUGGUCGGUACAUGUACAGAAGAAUGGUGCAGAUAUUUUGGGAGGAUGUGGAAGAAAGAAUGAAAGUCAUGGGGGUUGUUGAUCCUAGUGUGAGAAAACAAAGUCUUAAAGAUCUUAUGCAAGAAUUUUAUGGUCUUAUCUUGGCUUAUGAUGAAGGACUCCUCUCACAUGAUCGAGUUUUAGCUGCAUCAAUCUGGAGAAAUAUGUUUCAUAAUAAAAAGAAUACUGAUGCAUCUAACUUGGCAAACUUUGUUGAGUAUGUAAGAAAACAAGUUCUUCACUUAGAAAGUAUUGACUCAGAAAAACUUUUCAUAACUGGUGAAAUUGAGUGGUUGCCAUUUGAAGGACAUGUAUGUGAGAAAUAAAAUAACCAGAAAGGUUUAGAAUGUUGCUAAGAUCAUGUAAUAUAAAUUUAACUUCCAUAACAGUAACAAGAAAGGGAACAUUAUUCUACAAAUAUUCUGAGUUUAAUUUAUGUAUGGUUGUAAUUUUAAAGGGAUUGAAAAAUAGGCUAAUUAGUCCAGCAAGUGCUCAGGGUUUUACAAACUUAAGCCCGGUUUACGCUGUCAAAGGGUUUCUGUGAUCACAGUUGCAAUUCUGUGGUUAAAUCCAUAGUUUAAAAUAUUAUGUACUGAAUAUUAGGUUGAAAUAACUUAGUAUUAAUUAGUGUUAAAGUUCCCUUCCCAGUAUUUUCAACAAUUUUGUUGUUUGAAAAUUCCAACGGUGUUCACAGAAAAUUUGAUAGUGUAAACUGGGCCUUACAUUUAGUAGAGGUACUUCUUCCACACAUCCUGAUCAUGUGUAUUUUAGUGUGAUGAGUUUGAAACUACUGUUUCACGUCUGCUUACCAUUUUUUAAAAAGAAUACAACAAUAUUUGAU